AUGACUUUGGCAGAUAACGUCUAUCGUUAUCUGUCAACGAAAUUCCUACGCAGUCAGCUAUUUCAGAAAGAAGGUACAAAUAACACUUUGCCUACCGAUAUUAUAUUUGGGAGCGAUAAGCAAGGCACUUGUGAACCAGAACUAGUUUUCUUUUCGUCGCCAGUACGUGAGCAAUACAUUGCAGAAGCUGUGACAUGCGAUGAAAAGGAACUAUUUAAGGGCAUCGUCUGUGAGGAACGCUUUAACAAUUUUGAUAAGUUCGUCCUUCAGGUUACAGGAAAAGAUGUACCUCAAUACAUAACAUCAUUCGAAGAAGCCGGCUUGCGCCAUCUACUAUUUCAAUACAUAAAGAAUUCUGGCUACAUAAAACCAACACCUGUUCAGAAAGCUUCAGUUGCAGUUAUUCUUGCCAGAAGAGAUUUAAUUGCUUGUGCUGUCACGGGCUCCGGCAAAACGGGAAUCCGUCGUGUUUGUAUGUUUUCGGCUACAUUCCUGGAUGAAGUACAAGCGCUGGCUGCGACGUACAUGGAAGACUACAUAUUCGUCACGACAGGCAUUGUCGGUGGCACCAAUCCGGAUGUUGAACAGCUGUUUUUUCAGUGCUCGAAAAAAAAUAAGAGAGCUAAGCUGAUCGAAGUUUUACAAGAUCUCGGUGAUGCCAAGACUAUCAUUUUUGUCGACAGCAAAAAGACGGCGGAUUUCGUCGCUGCAUUCUCGUGCAAUAACAACUUACAAUCUACCAGCUUCUGUCAGAAGAAUAUGCUAGCAAUCAACUCACGAAUCAUAUGAACAAUAAAAGCCGAUGUCGAAGUGACGAAGAAAACAACACGUCGAGGUGCUUUCAAACGUGUCUCCGUUCCGGAGAAGGAAGCGCCGGAAGGAAAAAGGCGUCGUGGUGAAACAAAAACCAAUAAACACGUUGCUGGUUUGGAUGAUGUAGAAAUGUUACACUAAGGCAAAGGACACGCUGCCGACAUCCACGCCAAUCACGUGCCAGAUGAGCCGGAGUCGAACGAUGCAUCGCCAGUCACAUCUGUGAAAAGUGGACGAUCUACUCGCGCACAGGGCGCAUUCAAAGUUCAUUUUGACGUGGCCGAAACGGCGCAUUCGCCAGUCAGAUCCACCCGUUCGGCGCGGAAGACGGCUUCACCGGCCGAGAAGAAAGUCUCUGUCCAGCUGGAACACGACCCCGACAUUGAGACUUUGGCCGCUACAGCCAAAGAAGAGGAAGAGAAAACACCGGCCGCCAAACGUUCACGACAAAAGAAGGGCACAGCAGUAUCUGCCGCAACAAUGGCGGAUGAAUCUCCGGCCGUGCCGGCCACGAAACAGACAUGUGGUGGCAAAAAAACAACUAGCGAACCUGAGCUUGUUAAGGAGGAUACCUCAUCGCCACCACCUCGACGUACUAGAAACAUCUAACAGCAAGACCCAUCAAUGAAUUACCUACUUUAUUUUUCUUUUGUUUUACCCAUAAUUUUUUACCCAUUGAAUAAUUUGUUCACAUAUCGGAUUCUAUUCUGCUUUUGGGUUCACUUCUGUACCUCUUUCCCCAAGUUGACCUAAUUAUGUGUUCCUAUCCAUGCGUUGAGGCUCACUUGAUUAUAAUUUUUGUUCUUUAAAUUCAGUGUCCAAUUUUCAUUCUGAGCGACGCCCAAAUAAUUUUGAAGAAAUACAGCUUUGGUACGGCUGGUUAAGUAUUUCACAAUUGGCACGGAGUUGUGUGUGUGUUACUGAUGUUGGUGGACCU